AUGUCCAUGGAGCUCCUUAUGCUGUUACCCCAGAAGUGGAAUUUCCUGACCAAUUCUUACAAUUAUAACCAUGGGCCAUAUCUGGAAACGAGAAUAUGGGAAGAUAGGGCCGGGGAUUUAGCUCAGUGGUUUCGCCGCCUGCUGUGCAAGUGCAAGGACCCAAGUUUGAUCCCCGGUAACAACAACAAAAAAGAAUAUGGGAAGAUCUCAAGAAAAGCUGGAGACAUUGCCCCUUUUCAAAUAAUUCAUGAUGGUGAGAAGCCCUAUGAAUGCAUGUUCUGCGAGAAAUCCUUCAGAGUUCAUGCACAAUUUAUAAGACAUCACAAAAUUCAUACUGAUGAGAAACCUUACAGAUGUAUGAAAUGUGGCAAGGACAUCAGAUUUCAUUGACAGCUUACCGAACAUCAGAGAAUUCAUACUGGUGAGAAGCCAUACAAAUGUAUACACCGUGAAAAGGUUUUUAGAAUUAAUUCACAGCUCACUGAACAUCAGUGAAUUCACACUGGUGAGAAACCUUACACAUGUAAGGAAUGUGGGAAGGCUUUUACCAGUAGAGAACUUGCUCAACAUCAGAGAAUUCAUACAGGUAAGACACCCUAUGAAUGCAAGUUAGGUGGAAAGGUCUUUAGUUCAUCCCUCACUAGACAUCAAAAAAUCCAUACUGGUGAGAAACCCUAUAAAUGUAAAGAAUGUGAAAAAGCAUUUGGUAGUGAAUUUACCUCACAUCAACGAAUUCACAGUGGUCAGAAACCUUAUGAAUGUAAGGUGUGUGGGAGGUUCUUUAGACUUAUAUCAUCCUUUAUUCAACAUCAGAGAAUCCAUAGUGGUGAGAUACCCUAUGUUAAGGUAUGUGGGAAGGCCUUUAGACACAGUUCAGCUGUUAUGGAACAUCAACAAACUCAUACUAGAGAGAAGUCCUAUAAAUGCAAGCCAUGUGGGAAGGCCUUUAGACAUAGUUCAUCCUUUUCAAAGCAUCAAUUAAUUCAUAGGGGUGAGAAGCUAGAAUGUAAGGAAUAUAGUGAUACCUUUACUGUAGGUGAGCACCUUUCUUGACAUCAGAAAAUGUUAACUGGUGGGAAGUCAUUUGAUGAAAUCAGUACAUGAAGGCCCUUUAUUUCUGAUUUUCAGUAGAAAAACCUGUGGCUUUAAUAAGACAAUUAAAGGUAUUCAAUAUUUCUCUCUUUCUAAAAUCUGUUUAAUGGCCACUUUGUAUUUAGACAUAGAAUUCUUCGAUCAUGGGUGAUAUACAUAUUUUUUGUUAGAUAUUGCCAGAUAUUUCUCAUUAUAUUAACAUUCUUUUUAUUUACUAACAUAGCACAGUCCCUAUUCAUCCAUUUCUGAAAUAUAUUCACCUAGUUAUUAAUGAUUUGAGAUCUCUUUAUGUGAAUUUUUUGCUCUGGAAUGUUUUGUUUAUAACAACUUCUGGUGUUUAUGGUUUGCUCUUUUGUUCUUUUUAAAAAUUUCUAACAUUUCUCAAAUACCUUUUUCUUUGCAUUCUAUGUCUAUAUAUGAUGUAUUUAUCUUCCCUAGAGAGUGAGAACUCCCAGUUAGAUACAAAAUGGUUCUUGAGUCUUAUAGCACUGAAUUAUUUGUGCAAUUUUCUUUUGUUGCCUAUUGCUUUGUUUAAUUUGUAGGUGUGUAAUCUCUUUUCUAUUUUCAUCAAAUGGUUAGUUCUUUUUAAACUUCUAUUUUAUUUUGACACAACAGAUUUCUCUAAAUGUACAUCACAAAACAAUUCCUUAAAGGAGCUUUUUCACCUUCAGGUAGUACCAGCCAAAAUUAAAAUGAUAGGAAUACUUUCAAGAUGAAUGUAGUGGCACACACCCUUGUAAUCUCAGUGCUGUGAGAGGCUAAUGCAGCAGGAUUGCAAGUUUGAGCCCAGG